AUGCUCUAUAAAUGGCGUUGGAGAUUCUUUCAUAAUUCGGAUUUGAUAUGGGUUAAAGUUGUUAAGGCUAUUUAUGGUCGGGAUGGUGGUAGUUGCUCUUUCUCUCAUAGAAGAGGUUCAAUUGAUCCUUGGAAUGGUGUUAUUCGGAUGCUUGCACAUCUUCAUAAUCAUGAUCUCGAUCUUAGGCCUCUUAGUCCGAGUAGAGUUGGUGAUGGGAAUAAAACUUCUUUUUGGCACGAUGUUUGGAAGGGGGAUACCCAUUUGGCUACUUCUUUUCAUAGGAUUUAUGCUCUUGAUCUUCAUAAAUCCAUAUCAGUCAGAGAUAGGGUGCUUCUCGUCUGGAACUUAGAUUGUUUUAGGCGUCCUCCUAGAGGGGGUAUUGAGGAGACCCAAUGGAAUACUUUUAUCUCCUUAAUGCAGGGAGUUCUUCUUCAAUCCUCACCUGACCGUUUGGGAUGGACUAUUGAUGUCUCUGAUUCUUUUACUGUUUCUUCUCUUCGAGCUUUUUUGGAUAGUCAUAUGUUACAUUCAGGGGGUCCUGAAACUCGUUGGAACAAUUGGGUGCCUAUCAAGCUGAAUAUAUUUAUUUGGAGAUUGCAGUCUAGAAGCCUUCCGACUAGGGAAAAUCUUUCACUCCGUGGGAUUACUAUGGACUCCAUUCUCUGUCCUGUCUGCUCUAAUACUGUUGAAUCUAUUGAUCAUCUUUUUCUCAAUUGCAAUCAAUUGAUUGACUUACGGACUCGGUUAGCUAUUUGGUGGGAUGUUCAGCUUCCUCAGUUAUCCUCUAUUGAUUCUCUUCUCUCGUGGUCUGAUUCUCUUUCCCUCAAAAAAGGGCAGCGACAAGCUUUUGACACUGUUAUCAUCACUACCUUAUGGUGUCUUUGGAAUUUUCGUAACUCCUCCAUUUUUGGAACGGCUCAACCCAAGAAGUCUCUCAUUCUAGAUGAUGUGAUUGAUAGAUCUUUCUUUUGGAUUUCUAGUAGACUUAAAAAAGUUAAAAUUAGUUGGACCUCUUGGCUUCAUAAUCCCCUCAUAGCUUGUAAUUUGUUGUGA